AUGGCACCUGCUCCUAUCGAUCCGCGGAUUGUGGACGUCGCCGAGCCCCGGAAGGACACUCUCACCCUUCCAGCAGCGAGUCGCGAACGGCUUGAAAGAGCCGGCAUUGAUCUCUCCAAUGGCUAUCCAUAUCGGCCCUCCCGACCCCUCUACGCGGAUGAUGUUUAUAGGAUCAGAAACUAUGAUCGUGCCCAUGUAGACCCCGGCACCCGUGCCGAUCCCGAGAAAAAGGCCUUGCUGUCCGCGGCAAAAGAAGUCAUUCACUUGACUAGACAUAUUGGAACUGAAAUUGUGGGGUUGCAGCUGAAGGAUUUGACUGAUCAACAGAGAGAUGAGCUGGGUCUUUUGAUCGCGGAACGAAGCGUGGUCUUCUUUCGGGAUCAAGAUAUCUCUCCUCAACAACAGAAGGCCCUUGGCGAACAUUUCGGGGAGAUUGAAGUCCACCCCCAAGUACCUCAAGUGCCCGGUCUCCCGGGUGUCUCGGUCUUGUGGCCUGCCCUCCAAGCAACCGAACAAACCGCCAGUUACCGUCGUCCUGGGGGCGCGUCUCGCUGGCAUACUGAUCUAGUCCAUGAACGUCAACCAGCAGGGGUAACACAUCUUCAUAACGAUGCGGUCCCCACGAUCGGCGGUGACACCCUGUGGGCCAGCGGGUACGCGGCAUACGAAAAGCUGUCUCCUGAGUUCCGUAAAAUCAUCGACGGACGAACAGCCAUCUACCGUUCCUCCCACCCCUAUCUAGACCGCAAGAAUCCUGAGGUGGGCCCCAAAUACAUCGAGCGGGAGCAUCCAAUUGUCCGUGUCCACCCCGCAACGGGAUGGAAGGCGCUCUGGGUGAACAGGGCGAUGACCGAUCGGAUUGUAGGACUAGACAAAGCCGAGAGCGAUGUGAUUCUGGGGUAUCUGUAUGAUGUAUAUGAGAAGAAUGUUGACAUCCAGGUUCGCUUCAGAUGGACUCCUCGGACGAGUGCUUUGUGGGACAACAGAAUUACGAUUCACAAUGCUAGCUGGGACUACGAAGGUUCGGAGCCUAGACAUGGUACUCGGGUCACGGCGCUCGCAGAGAAGCCAUUCUUCGAUCCCAAUGCCCCUACCCGAAGGCAGGCCUUGGGGUUGUUGGAUGCGGAUGAGAUCCAAGAGCUAGGUGGACAAUAG